GGAAACCUAGUUCAAUGGCUAGCCGCUAACACCUGUUGUGAUCAUCGAUUCCCUGGCCGCCGGCGCUAGGCUGGGAACACCGAUUACUGGCAGUUGGCCGCUGCUGGGAAGACAAGGGAUCUCUUCGUGAACUUGUUUUCAUCAGCAGCAUUCAAUUUGCAGAUUCGUCAUCCUACAGGAAAUAUGGAUGACCAAAUCAAAAGUAUUAAGAAGGAAAAGACCGAUAAGCAGGUCACAAAGCGCCACACAUGGAAAUCUUCAGAGGACAAAAUAUUGCUGAACAUACUAAAAGAUCAAACUAUAAAUGGAGGGAAGGAAGGAACAGGAUACACAAAAAAAGCAUGGCGUGAAAUCCUAGAACAGUUCAAUGAGUCAAAGGUAGACAAACUUGAGUUGCAACAAAUAAAAAAUCGUCAUAAGUACUACAGGAGUUGUUAUGCUACCAUGGACAGACUUCUAAAACACACAGGAUUUGGUUGGGAUGACGAUGACAAAAUGAUCAAAGCUCCAGAAGAAAAAUGGGCGGAACUCAUUUUGAAGGAUAAGAAUAUUCAAGAAUACCGUGAUAAAGUGUGGCCUAGUUGGAUAGACCUGCAAGACAUAUGUGCGAGCUCUACUGCAUCCGGACUAGGUGCUGUAUCUAGCAAAGGGAAAGGUGAAGCACAUAUUGAUCUGAAUGAGGUAGUACAAGUAGAAUCUGAUGAAAUAAAUGAUUCCACUAUUGAUUGUCCUAAGAAGCCUAAUAGCAAUAAGGCAGAGAAAAAGAAGAAGUGCAAUGCAAGUGGAUCACAAGAACCUUCAAAGGGGCAUAAGCGAUCAGCUGAUGAUGCUAUAAACGCAAUUGAUCGCCUAGCGGACGCAUCACUCAUCAUCGCUGAAUCAAAGAAAAAUGCAGCACAACAGAUAGAAGCUUACUCAGUCAAAGCAUGUAUGAAGAUAUUAAAUAGCAUGCCUGGACUUGAGGCAAAUAAAAAAUUGAAAGCUGCAGAAGCAUUUGAACAUGCCAAUAAAAGGGCGAUUUUCGUGGAGAUGGAUGAAGAGACUCGGUCUCUUUGGGUUGACAAUGCGUAGUUCUUUUUCUUGUAGCGUACCUUUGAGUGUUGAGAUUAAGUCAUAUGUGCAAUUUUUCAUUAAUCCUUCUGUAAUUUUGUUUUCAAACAAUCAAUGUCAGUUGGAAAUUUAUGUAUUUGUUUGGUUGGUGCUGCUUGUUAAUUAUAUGAUCCAAUUAUAAAUUCCUACCCUUGAUAUUUG